UCGUACGAAGUCAAAUAUUCAAGCGGUAAACUUACGCGCUGCGCCCUGUGUGUCCUAAUAGAGAAAAACUACGUGAUUGAACGUGAACGAUUUGUGGGUUUGACUUCUUGUUAUUGAUAAUAUGCCGUAUCAUUGUUCUGUGCCGUAUUGCCGUGGUAAUUAUGACGCUGGCCCAAAAGUUACAGUAUUUCAAUUUCCGAAGGGUGAAACGUUGAGGAGGAAAUGGUUAUCAAGUAUUGGUCGGGUUAACUUUGCUCCUUCUCCAAGUUCUAAGGUAUGCCAUGUUCACUUUAAAAAGGAAGAUGUUAUUUGGGAAACACGAAUUUGUGAUGAAAGGACAGGCCAGGUAUUAGUUGCCCCCCUCAAAAAACCGCGCUUGAGGCUGGGUGCAGUUUCACUGUUAUUCCCAAACUGUCCUCCUCACCUCUCAAAAGAAGAGAGCAGACAUGAAGGACCAGCAGAGAAAAAUCUGGGGCUCGAAAGUGAACAUCUAGAAGCAGCAGUACAAAAAGGCUUUGAUGAUUUUAGCUUCAGUUCUUUGGAACAGUUACCAUUACAUAACAAGGAAGUGGAAUUGCCCUGUGAAUUGAAGCCAGUUGAGACAAAGAGCACGGUGAGGGGAAGUGUGCAAGGUCGCACCUCCGGUCAAUUUGACCACACUUACGCUCGGCCUAUUCCUUCCAAAUCGAAGACAGAUUUUGAAGAUGUUGCGGACCCUAAUCAAAGUCGGACAGCUGGAAGACACCAAAUUGUAGCUGAAGCACCCAACGGAAAAGUCUCUCACUGUGGAAGCCGUGUGGUGCCAAGUUGUUUUACUAAGCAGAAGACCAAUAAUACUGCCUCCGCCAGUGAGUCCGGAGUCCCGAGAAGGGUCAGUGGCUUCUGCAACGGCAUCGGCUCCUCGCCUCGGCCUGGCCGACCUCUCGGCCCUCCACUGUCCCAUAGUCCUUCCCCCCGCCAAUAUAAAUGUGCAGUGUUCCAGUGUGAUACUAAUGCCCGAAAGAUGCCGGGUGUCGUGUGGCAUUCUUUUCCCAAAGACGAGUACUUGAGGUGUGAGUGGAUUGCCAGGUGCAAAUGUAGAGGCAGAGUGAACGUGAAAGGUGGGAGAGUCUGCUCGCUUCAUUUUCGGCCGGAGGACUAUGAACAAGAUUUGAGAAACGAACUUCUCAGAUUACCCUCGAGAAAGAAAUUAGUACCGACUGCAAUUCCCAGCCUGAACAUUCUGAGUUGGAAUGAAGGUGAAAUUAAGAAGCGCAAGAAUCAGAGAAAGAAAGGAGGACGGAUCAGAAAGAAGCUACGUCAGCGUGAUGACGAUGACAACAAUGUGGACACUGCUGCACACCAAAUACCAGUGAACCAUCAGGAUGUGGUCACAAAAAACGAAGUUGUUGUGAAGCCAGAAGUCGAGUCUGAUCCUGAUGACGUGUUGGGCGCGGACGGAAAACAGGAAUUUGAGUAUGUGACAGUCGAGGAACAAUUAGAAGACCGUGACGAACCCACGCGUUCAGCAACUGAAAAGUCAUAUGAACAAAUGGGUCAUGAUCAGGAACUGCCAGUUAUCAUCAAAGAAGAAAUUGACUGUGACGAUUACAUCGAUCCGUUCGGCAUUUCGGGAGAGUCAUGUGAACAAGUGGGUCAUGAUCAGGAGCUGCCAGUUAUCAUCAAAGAAGAAAUUGACUGUGACGAUUACAUCGAUCCGUUCAGCGUUUCGAAGAGGUGAACUGGCAGUAGGGAGUGACAGACUGUCUACCACAAGACGGAUGAACUGAACGAGUUAGAAGAGGCAGGCAACAAACGGUUCUGCAGCUAUACGAAGAAGACGGCUCACCGUGACGUGAAGACAGGUAGCAGUGACAGUCCAGACGACGACACGUACUGUUGUUGAGUGUCUGCACCAGAAUGUCGUGAGUCACAAAAAUAUGAAACUCGGACAUUACACUCUGGAGAUGGAAAGCAUGUUUGUAACGUGUAGGAAGUACAAUUUUGGUUGUUCUGGAUCCUACACUGCUUCGAUCGUAAUGGGGCACGUACAGUGUUAUACGCAUCUGAGGUUACGUGCAGAAUGCCAUUUGUAUUGUGAGAAAUCAAUAUGCAGUUGGCUACAGAAGGCUGCAGUGUCGGAGUCGGGUUGUUGGCGUAAUGUGUGGGACAGCGCCUGCUCGUGCGAGAUGUGAGAGAUGGCAUUUGGAUUGUCUUUAAUCAUGUGACACUCUGUACUAAAUUCAGAGAGCUCUUUUGUAUGUGCUAGAAAAGAAUCCACACUCUGUGUGUGACAAGAUUUUUGUUGUGGUAUGUAAUACACAGUACGACUUGCGUAGUAAGAUUUGUUAGAGACCAAUUUCUGCUGUGGAACUUCCGUUUUUUGAGUUUAAUGUGACAGAAUAAAAGCUGAGGUUAGUGACAUUAAUGUACAAAGAAUUAAAUUCUACUACACAAGUGGCAUUGUGAAUUGCAUACCGUUCUCUGACCACUUGGUGUUGCUCUGUGCAACUGUGGCAAAUAUUACCAAACUGUUGCUUGCACCUGGUUGAAUGACUUUACUUAUGUGAAGAUAUGGGAUAUUUAUGGUAACUGUAUUGCUGUAUGAGAAGAGUGUAAGCUACUGAAGACUAUAAGGACUAACUUUAGCUCUGUUAUUGUGUUUCUUAAAUUUGUUAUAUUAUUAAGUAUUUAUUUUUUACUAAUCAAAUGCAGUUUUUGGCAAUUCAGAAUUUAGUUUUGGAAGGAAAUGGAGCAGAUUGUGUGCUUGGUCAAAUUUGCUGGGCUCAAUCCAGUCUUUGUGUUCCCCCUAAAGUUUUUACCUUUGUAGCUCCCUCUAGUACCGUAGAAGGUAUUUGCCAAUGUCUUUACUUAACUUGUUGAAAGACAAAAUUUUGCCAAGGUUAGAGCUAAAAUGAAAAUGAUGAGUGUUUGCUUUUAAACAUAAUCCUCAUCAUCUCUGAAUUUUUGAAACCAACAACUUUAUUAUAUACAGGGUGUUUCAAUAAAUGUGUUUGCCUCUGCAAGUUAUGAAGUAAUAGGCGAUGGAAAUAUUUAUUGCGGUAGGUCACCAUAAGAAACGUUACACUGUCAGCAGAGCUAUGAACAUAGUUUAUUGUAUAAUUAUCCAAAG